AUUGGAUAAUACUGGAUCCUUAUGCAGAUUAAUGAUAAAUGAACAUUGAUUCGGAUUUUUUGAAAGAAUACGAAGCAAAAUCCUUAUUUACUCUCUCUCCCUGGCGCGCACACUCACUCACUCACUCGUUCGUUCGUUCGCUCGCUCGCUUGCUCGCUCGAUCGAUCGCUUCCUCAAUCAUUCAGUGUUAUACGAGUCAAAGUCCCUAUUUCAUUGGGUGUUUUGUUUUUGGUCAUUGAGGAGUUAUACAGUACAAAAUGAAAAUACUGCACUAUUCAAUUAGUAAAGUUAUUUAAAUAAACAAAUAAAUAAACACUGAGUUACAUUGACGAGAGAAAAAUAAACAACAACUUAAUACAUUUACUGGGAGGGGGGAGGACACACAUUUGGGCAGCUAUUUAACAAUUAACACUAUUAUAUAACAUUAUUAUUCAUCAAAGAAUAGUUUAUUCAUCAAGGUCAAAUCAUAAAGCAAAACAAUGUCCUGCUUCCAUAUGUUUACAUUUCUUUAUAUACUAAUCGUUUUCUAAUGUGUUCACUUUCGACAUGAUCUUUUUCAAUCCAUUGAAUUCAUUGAAUAAACUACAUUGACAUAUGUAUCAAUGAUUUGAAUGUUUAAAAUAUUAUCAUAACUGAUAUUAUUACUCUUAUUACGAAGACGACGACAACGACAACGACGCUGACGAUAGUUGAUAAUCAUAUAGACCAUGUCAUCUGAAAGUGGAUUAUUUCGACGUUCAUCAUUGCCUUCACAAAUACAACAACAACAACACCAGCAGCAGCAGCAGCAACAACAACCACAACCCCAAUCUCAGUCUCAAUCCAUGUCAACAUUUAGUUCUGAUACUUCAGGAUUAUUAACAUCAACUAAUAAUAAGACUAAGAAAGAAUGUUUUAAUUUUGAACCACAACAAUGGCGUAAAUCUGUUUGUAAAAAUUGUUUUCGUACACAACCUGAACAUCAUAAGUUAAUUAGUAAUAAUUUAAAGGAUGAAAUGAAUUCAACUUUGAAAUCUCAAUUAUCAUUUGAUAGUAAUGUGAAUAUUAAUAAUAGUAAUAAUAAUAAUAGUAAUAUUAGUGGAGUUGGUUGUGCUGUUGUGUCUGAUAAUACUACUAAUACUUCUAUUAGUAGUAGUACAACUAAUACUACUACUACUACUACCGUUAAUAGUAGUUGUGACACCAAGUCACGUGAUUCAUCAAUUAGUAAAAAUAACAAUGGAUUAUUUGGUAGUAAUGCAGCGGCUAGAGCUGCUGCAAGAAAAAUUGCAGUUGGACAAAGAUAUUCCGAUUCAGAUGUUCGUAAUCAUGAAUUAAGAAAAUCCACUAAUCUUGCGAAUACAACAAUUGGACAAUCACAACAGCAACCACAACAACAAUCCACAAUUGGUAUUAGUCAUUCAUCAGCAUCAAGUAUUGAUGCAAGAUAUGUGGAAGAAUUAGAAAAUGAUUUUUUUGCAUUAGAAGAUAAACAUGAAUUAUUAUUAAGAGAACGUGAUGAAUUAAAUAUAGAAUUAGAAGUGAAAAUUCGUACCAUUAGUGAAUUACAAGCUACAUUAGAUCAAUAUCGUGAAAAAGUUUCACAACUUGAAAGACGUUGUGGACAUUUAGAAGAAGAAGUGAAAAGUUAUCGAGAACGUUUAAAACUUCCAGAAAGUGAUCAGAAUCAUUCACCGAAUACAAUCAUUUUGGAACAACAUCAACACCAACAACAACAAUAUUCAAUUGGUCCUACUGAUAUUCAUUGUAGUGCAGAACUUCAACAACGUCUUAAUGAAGUGGAACAAUUAUGUCAAGAGGUUAUGGAAGAGAAUGAACAAUUAAAAGAGGAUGUUGAAGAAAUGCAUCGAGAAAUUGAAGAGAUGCAUGAUCAUUUUCAAGAAGAGGAUCGUGAUGCUGUACGUGAACUUCAACGUGAUCUAGAAGCAGCUAAUAAAGCUUGUAGAAUAUUACAAUUUAAAUUACGUAAAGCUGAAAGACGUUUUGAACAAUGUGAAGCGGAACGAGCUAAUUUAGAAGAACGAUUAGCAAGACUAGAAUCGGAAUUAUAUAGUGAAGCAGAUGUAGCACAUAUACAUAAUUUAGAGGAGGAAUUACGUGUAGCCAAAGAAGUUGGUGUACGUUUAAAUAAUGAAUUAGAUUUAUUAGACGAGAAACGUGUUUAUUAUGAAGAAGAAAAUCGUCAACUCAAUGAAGAAUUACAAACAUCACAAAAUAAACGAAUUGCUGUAGAAAAUGAAUUAGGAAGACUUAAACUUGAAUUUGAUAAAUUGAAAAAUGAAAAAGGUGCUAUUGACAAAGGGCCAUUACAAGUUACGGAUAAAAAUAGAUCUAGACAAAGUGUUUCAUUGUCACGUGAAGAAUCUUUUGAAGAACAUCAAAUUGUACGUGAUUUAGAAGCAGCUAGAGAACGUGAAACUGAUUUAUCAGAACAAUUACGUUUUGCUGAAGAAGAAAUAAGAAAAGUGAAAAGACGAUUAAAAGAAUCACAAGCAGAAAAUGAUAUAUUAUCUAAAAAGAUGGGAAAAAUUGUUUCAUUACAAUCACGUGAAAAUCGAUUAAUUGGAAAUACUGAAGAACAACAAACUGUACCAUCAACUAGUCCAUCAUGUAAUAAUACUAAUUCAACUAUUCAUUUAGAAUCAACUAAAACUUUAUUAACUGGAGUAGCUGAACGAAUCAAAAAUAAACUGAAUAUAGAUAAUGAACUAAGAUCAGUUACAAUGACAAAUCGUUUAUCACAAAAUAUUCCCAAUAAUGAAUCAAGUAAUUUGUCCAGUAAAGAAACUUUCCCGAUAGAUAAUGAUGAAUCAAAUUCUCAAAUUAUACAAAAAACUACAAUAGAAUCAACAUUGAAUAAUGAUGAAUAUAAAGAAAAAUUCGAAAUAACGCUAAAAGAAAAUGACAAAUUAAAAUUAAAAUUACGCGAUACAGAUAAACAAUUAAAACAAAUUAUACGUGAUUUACGUGUUUUGAGUAGUUUUGAAAAAUCGGAUAAUUGGUUUGAAAAAUAUAAUGAUCUACGUGAAACAAUGAAAGAUCAAGAGAAUGAAAUAACACGUCUGAAAAAGAAGCUGAUUGAAUUACAAGAUGACAAUGUUAAACUACGUAUUAAUGAGAAGAAGAUAGAGAAACCAGUUAAAAGUUGUAAACCACGUACUAUACGCUUAGAAUCAAUGAGUCAAGAACUAUUAAUUGAAGAGAUUAAAAAAUUAGAAGAAGAAUUAGAUCAAAAAACCAAUGAAAUGAAUGAAGUAAAUGAACAAAUCAAUAAUGUCCGACAUCAUUAUAAACAAUUUGAAGAAUCAACCAUAGAAAACUGUGCAGAAUUUAAUCGACGUGAAAGUGAUCUAUUGAAAUGUUUAAGUAAUUUACAAAGUAAAUCUACCGUAUUCAAUGAAUUGGUGAUAAUGUUAGAAGAACAAAAUAAUAAUUUGUUAUUAGAAAUAUGCAGUCUUCUCAAUGUGAAUUACACAAUGGAAGAUCAAUCAUCUGUAACUAAGAAAGUUGAUGAAAUUUCAAAUGAAUCAGUUAAAACAGUAGAUCCAUAUCAAAGAAUUCGAUCCUUGGAAAAACUUCUCUCUGAAGAACAUCAACAUACUUUAAUUUUACAAAAACAUUUAGAAAUAGCAUCGAAAUCCAAUAUUUCUAUUGAUCAAAAUUCUAUAAAACAAUUAGAUUGUAAACGAAGUGAGAUAUUACAAAAAGAGUUGGAUGAAAAAGAAGAAAUACUUGAUGCUCGUGAUGAACAAAUUGCUGAUUUAAAAUCACGUGUUGAACAAAUGCGUAAAAUGAAUGAAGCAAUGCGUGCAUUAAUGGAGAAGGAACCAAGUGAAAUCAAGUCACAAAAACUGGGGACCAAUGUUGAAAUAACUAGUUAUAAAAAAGAAAUUGAAUGUAUGAGAAAAGAAAUGCAAAUUAUUCGUAAUAAUCUUACACAAGCUGAAAAAGUAAAAGAGAAAUUAAUGAAAGACAAUAGGGAACUUCAAGAAGAAUUAAAACUACGAGAAGAUUCAAUAUUUGAACAAGAUGAUGAAUUAGAACGACGUAAUAAUGAAAUACGUGGACAUAAAUCAUCUAUUGAACAAAUGAAACGUGAGCUAGAACAAACAAAACGUGAUUUAGCUCAAGCCAAAGCUGCGGAAAUCAGUGGAGCAUCUUGUCGAUUAAGUACUAAAAUUGCAGAAAUUGAAAGACUACGAGCUGAGUUGAAUACUACUGCACAAGAGUUGAAAGAUACUAAAGUGAAUCGUGAUGAACUUAAAAGAAUCGUUGAUCAGAAUGAAGAUACUAUGAAACAUCUUGGCAAUGAAGUACUUCAAUUACGUACUGCCAUUACUGAAAAAGAUAAAAUGUUAACUGAAUUACAUGCAUAUUUGAAAGAAUCUAGGCAAAAUACAGAAAAUAUCAAAAUACAAUGUGAAAAUGCUGAAUCAAAACGAAUAGAUGUUGAGAAACGAUAUGAAGAAUUAAAAGACAGACUUACAAAUAAAGAACAAGAAUUGAAAAAUCUACGUAAACGUAUGGAAGAAGCAGUUUUAAUGAGUACUACUACUAAUACUACUAUCAAUAAUAAUAGUAGUAUUAAUCAUACUAAUCGUGAUUCAAGUCAAUCAGAUAAUAAUAAUAAUAAUCUUACAAAUCGUGAAUUAAUGUUAAAUCGACGUGGAUUUGAAGUGGAUAAAUUAAGAAGAGAAUUAUCAUUAACUAAACGUGAAAAAGAUGAUUUAUAUAUUGAAUUAAAAAAAUUACGUUGUAAAUUAGAUAAAAGGCAUACAUCAGAAGAAAGAAGUAGAAAGGAUAUAACUGGUUAUCUUACGAAUUUCAAUAUGGGUAAUACAUAUGCAAAAGCAAUUGCAGCUCAACAGCCUAAUACAAAAAUCACUUUACUUAAUGAACAUAUUAAUAUAUUGAAUCGUACUAAUAUUGAAUUAAAAAUACAAAAUGAAUCAUUACAUAAUAAUGUUAUUGAUUAUCAACGACGUUAUCGUAGUAUUAAAGAACAAUAUGAAGGUGAACAAGAAGCAUGGAUUACAGAAAGACUUGUACUAGAAUCAAAAGCGAAAGAGCAAGAAGAUCGUCGAACAACAAUCAUGAAUACACGAAAAUUACUUCAAGAUACAAGUGUGAAAUUGUUUGAUUUAGAGAAGGAAAGUGAAAAGAAAUUAAUGAAUUUACAAACUGCAUAUGAAAAGUUAGAAAAAGAGAAACAAGCCAUUGAGUUAAAAUUAGCUCAAUUAGAAGAUACACAAAAGUUGCCUAAAGUGUUGCAACGUUUCAGUGCUAGUUCUAGUAGUAGCAGUAGUAGUAUACGUCCAAGUUUAUUAACUUCACAAGCUCGUACAGCACAAUUAGAAAAUCAAGAGAUUAUAUUAAAAUUACAAAAUGCUGAAAGAAUAAUCAAUAAAUUACGUAAUGAAUUAAUUGAAAUGAAAGAAUUACAUGCAACACAAAAUAUUACAGCUGUACAAGAAGCUGAAGAAGCAAGAUUAACAAUGGAAAGAGAAUUAGAAGAUAUUAAAGAUCGUUUAUUAACGAUGGAAUGUUAUAGACAACAAGUGGAAUUAUUUAGACAUCGUCAUUUUGAAUUAGAAGAGGCUGCAGAAAAAGAAUAUAAAAUAUGGCAAGAUGAAAGAAAUCAAUUAAUUUAUCAAGCAGAAGAAGCCCGUGUUAUGAUUGAUCAAUGGAGUACACAAAUCAAGUGUAAAGCUAAUAGUGAAGAUAUUAAACCCGAAGAAGUUUUGAAUGAAAUUUUAAAAUCUAUGGAAAAAUGGUCUAGUGAACAUGAAAGAUUACCAAAUUUGAAACGUCGCAUGCUUGAUUCUGUAUCGUCUAUUGAAAGUACCUCUGGUAUUGGUCUUAGUUCCGGUGCAACAAACAGUCCAAUGAUACCACAAUCAUCAAAAAAUAGUUUAAUGAUCAAUUCAACAAUUUCACCAUUCUCUCCAAGUUUAUUACCGAAAGGAUCAACAUUAACAAAUCAAAGAUCUACAUCAAUGGAAUGGACAACUGGUCGUUUUCAUGGCCAUCCUAGUGGUCAUCCAUUUGGAUUAAAUUUCAAAGAGAUUAAUUAUGGAUUAGGUACAACCAGUGGUACAUCAUUGAUAAAUGGUUUUCGUGGCAGUGCAUUAAGUCUUGCAACAAGCACCGGAAUAGGUGGUGGAAGCAGUUAUAGUUUAAUGGUUAAUAGUCGUUGUGGCAGAUCAGUUUCACCUGAAGUUACUGUGAAAAAGAUAUCAAAUUAUCCUGAUCCAACACUUGGAUUUUUAGUUCGUCCAACUUCUAAACAAGGUUCACAAGAUAGUUUGGCUAGUAUUAAUGAUUAUUCUCAAAGAUCAUUUACAUUACCAGGUAAACCACCAAUUAGAAGUGUUAUCUCACCAGCAAGACGUAUGUUCUUUGAAGAGAAUCGUGAAAAUAAAUCCAUUGAAAUUGAUUUACAUCAUCAUACACAACAACAACAUACAAAUUAUCAUAAUCUAUUAUAUAAUGAAUCAACCAAAACAAGUCAAUUAAGUUUAUGUAAUUCUGAAGAAAGAAAUGAUCUAAAUAAUUCAUCUAAUCUUAUUCCUACUACUACUACCACUACUACUCAUAAUAACAAUAAACAUACUACUGAUUUAUCACCAAAACUAAUUGAUGAUAAAUCAAAAUCAAUAUUAAACAUUGAUUUCGAUAAAAUCAAUACAACGAAUCAUCAUCAUCAUCAUAAACAAAAUGAUAAAAAUCAAUUAAAAUUAAUUGAUAAUACAGAUAAAUCAAUAAAUAAUGGUACAACACAUUCACGUUUAUCAUUUACUAAUCGUUUUACUCGUUGGUCUAAUCAUUCUAAUAAUAAACAUCUUGAAAAAGCUCAUUCAGUUGAACCAAAUUCAUUGAAUGAUUUCAAAGAGAAUCUAUCUGAUCAUAAUGAUAAUAAUCAUUCUAUUAUUAAAACGAUUAGUAAAUCACGUGAGAAUCUAUUUAUGAGAUCAACAAAAAAAGAUAAAACUCAUGUCAAAACAAAUUCACAAGAAAAAUCCAAAAGUAAUAUUCCUCAAUCGAAUGAAUUCACAUCUACAUCAAGAUCAUUAUCAUCAUCAUCAAUGACAACAACUACUACAACAGUAACCAACACCACCACAGCAACAACAACAUCAUCAUCAUCAAUAAAUCAUAAUGAAACUUCAUUACAAUCUAAUCAAUCAAUAGUGAAACGAUCCAAAUCUGUAUCGAAUAUAUCCCCAGCAAUUAUGGCUUUAAGACAAAAAUUUUCAGGUGGUGGUAAAUCAUAAAUAUAAAUAGAUUAUAUAUCAUAUUACGUAAUUGAUUGAAAUAUUAUGAUUAAAUGGAUAAUAAAGAUUUCAUUGAGAUAUAUUUAUGAUACCCAGUAUUGGAACAUACUAAACUUGUACUGUUUAAGUCUAUUAAAUAUUAUUGUGUAAGCUCAUUAUUCGAGAACAGUUAUGAAUAAAGCUUACAGAAGAAGAAGAAAAAAAAAGAAAAGAAGCAGCAACAAUUCUUUUUUCAUUGUACCACCACCUUUUUUUGUUCAUUCAAUUUCUGUAACUUUAUAGGAGGAUAAUUACUAGGGCGUUUUCUGGAUAUUAUUAUUAUUAUGAUUGUUAUUCACCCUUUUGAAAACCACUCAUAAAUGAUGAAUACAAUUUAUGAAUCAAAUUUA